AAACAAGUAUUUGGUUAUAGUCAUUUGCGAGAAGGACAACUUGAAGCUGUAGAGGCAUAUUUAAAGAACAAAGACACAUUUGUAUCAAUUAAAACAGGAGGGGGGAAAACAUUUUGUUACGUAAUUUGUGCAUUAAUUUUUGAAGGUAUAACAAUAGUUAUUAGUCCACUGAAAGCCUUGAUGGAAGAUCAAAAGGCAAAGUUAGUGCAUCUUGGUAUACCUUGUGCUUCAAUUUAUGCAAAUACAGUACAAAGCAGAAAUGAACAAGGCAAAAUAUUUGAAGAAAUUGCACUUGGAUUUACAAAAAUUAUAUUCGUUACUCCUGAAAAACUUUGCUUAAAUAGAGAAUUUCAACAUUUUAUUAGUAAUAUGUAUAAUACGGCAAAAGUGCGUUUUGUGAUUGAUGAAGCUCAUUGUAUUUUAGAUUAUAGUAACUUCAGGGAAUCUUGGAAAAAAUUAGGAAUAUUGAAAAAAAAUUGGCCUUUGGCUCCUAUUAUGCUUUUAACUGCUACAUGUACAUAUCAGGAUGCUCAAGACAUUCGUACAUCCUUUGGAAUACCAUCAGAAAACUUUGCCAUGAUCCGAGGUUCCUCUUUUGAGCGCAAAGAAAUAACUAUAGAAGUUUAUAAAAGAAAGGAUAAUCGUGAACUAUUUUCAAAUGACCUUAUGAGUUUAAUUAAAAUGCACGAAGGAGAAAAGACUAUUAUUUACUGUGCAACACAGUCAGGAUGUGAUGAUCUUUUUGCAAUACUGCAAUUACUUUUACCAGAUAAAAAUAUAGGUAUAUAUCAUGGUGGAUUAGGAGACGAACAACGUGAAAGUAUUAUGUCAUGUUGGAAAAAUGGCAAAAUUCAAAUAAUGAUUGGAACUAAUGCAUUUGGAAUGGGUAUUAAUUCCACUAAUGUUUAUCUAGUAAUACAUUGUGUAGCUCCUUUGAAUAUGACAAAUUUAGUGCAACAAAUUGGACGAGCAGGACGUGAUGGUAAUAAAGCCAAGAGUAUUAUAUUUUAUUCA